AUGUUACUCUUUCUAUUAUUAAUCAUUAUAAUCUCAUCAAGUAGAUCUAAUGAAAUUGAUUCAGAUCAAUCUUUUCAACCGAAAUUUGAUCAGUCAUAUGAAACUAUUUCUGUUGUUGUGGGUAAACGAGCAUUAUUACCAUGUUACGUUUCAUUACAAGACGCCAAGAAUAAUGAACUUGGUUCAUUUAAAGUUAUAUGGAUGAAAUUAAACAAUAGUUCAAUUUUAACAAUGGAAGAUCGACCAAUUAAUGGUGAUUCAAGAAUAUCAUUAUUACAUGCAUAUGCUGAAGAAUGGAAUUUACAAAUAGAUGAUGUCGAUGAAGAUGAUGCGGGUGUUUAUCGUUGUUUUACUAAUAAUGGUUUAUAUAAAACAUUAAUAUUGGAUGUUAAAGUUCCGCCAAAAAUUAUUAAUGAAUUAACAACGGAACCAUAUCCAUCUUCGAUUCGAACAGGUUCAAAUUUUACAAUAAAAUGCUAUGCACACGGCAAACCAACACCAAAUAUUCGUCUACUAUCGUAUGAUCAAUCUGAUAAUGUUCGAAUUAUUAGUGAACAAAAUCAGGUGACAAUUUUUAAUAUAUCUCGUCAUACAAAUCGUCGUUAUGAAUGCAUUGCAAGUAAUGGUUAUCCACCCGAUGUAGCACGUUCAUUUCAAUUGACAAUACAAUAUGCACCCGAAAUAGAUAUUUUUAUCAACGAAAAAAUAAUAUUAGAUAGAGAUUUUUUCGUUAAUUCAGAAUCGAAUGAAAUUCGUCUUAAAUGUCAAGUUAGUAUGUAUCCAGCUGGAAAAGUUUAUUGGAUAAAAGAUAAACAGCGAUUUAAUUAUAAUUAUCACAUCUAUCAUAUUGAAAAUUAUAUUGUGUCAGAAUUAAUUGUUACAUAUUUUACAAAUAACUAUCAAGGUGAAUAUACAUGUGUAGCUUCAAAUUUAGUUGGAACUAAUUCAAAAAGUAUCCAAUUAAUUGAUCUAUCAACAACAACAACAACAAUAAUAACAGAAAGAAGUACAACAAGAUAUCAACGCACAAAAUCUGCACAAUCCGUAACAGUACCUCAUUCAACAGAAAGUUUAAGAAUGAUGACACUUUCAUCAGAAGGUUUCCAUCAUAAUUCAAAUCGGGUAACAAUAUUGUUGCUUACUAUUAUCUACAGUAGUUUAUUUCAAAUAAGAUAA